GAGCAUUUCGCUUCCACAAGCACAGUGAGGAACAAAACAAACGAGAACAUCGAGCAUUCGUGACCUCCCGGGGAGUCUGAUUCCCACCAGGAUGAUUCACGUGAUGGUCCGUAUGAGGACGAAUGAGCCAAUGAGCCAAUGAACGACCCGUGAUGGGAGCAUCACUGUGUUGGGUUGGCAUCUCUCUGUGUUCUCAGUUGGUGUUUGGGUUGUGGCGGCCGUCGAGUAUGACUGACCAACCAGGUGCGCCAGCAGCGUUGCAAGGAAGAGGCAUGCAAGUGACUGUGGGUGUGUCUGUGUCUGUGCCUACGUGCGUGCAGUGGUGUGACUCAUUGUGAUGGCCCAAUCGUCGUCUGCCGCAUCGCAAGCAGGAUCUCCUGCUGUGCCGCCCGGCUGCAAGGGGCUGGAUGACGUCGACAUCGUCCCUGAUGAGGGCGUCAGUGCUCUCAGUCGGCAGCUGCUGGAGGGCUGCAUUCGGCGCACCGCCCAAGUCACACAACUGAUACGUCAAGGAGCCGACCCGAGAGCCAUCGGCCGCCUGCGCGUCCGCGGGAUUACAGUCAUCUCGUACUGUCCACACAGAUGUCUGUCUUUCGCCAUCGACAGCCCAACAAACACACCAUUCCUCUGUGCGCGCGACGCUCAUUACGCCGAUGUGCCCGUGGUCCUGCCGCAGUGGUCUUCCCGUCAGCUGCAGUCUGACAUUAUCAAUGCACUCAUCGACGGCGGGGCGGAGAUCAAUGCGGGUGGAGGCGGAGGGUCUAGCACGCCCAGGCCCAUCGAGGUCGCCAUUCGUGCGGGCAAUCUGACGGCUGUGGAGGCCCUCCUGGAGCGACAGGCCAACGUGCGUGGAUUUAGGGUGAUGCAGCUUCCGUAUCUCCCUGAUGAUGCCCCUCCCGCCACUCGUGAGUACGAGGAUGCUCUCAUGUCAAUCUACAACCGACUUGCCCAACACGACAGCACACUCGCAACCGAACAGACCCCUCAUGGAGAGAAUCUGGUCCAUUUGGCAGCCACGGCCCCCCUCAUCUUCUCCCAGCUGUUCAUCGACCAGUACCUUACCCUCAUCACCAGCCACGGAGCCGACAUGACGGCACGUAUGACGGCAACAUACAAGAGGGGCCACACGCCACUGCACGAGGCGGCAAGAGCUGGUUCCGACUGUGUGGCUCAUUGGCUGUGCCGCCAGCUCACAGCCGACGACAUCAACAGAGGCAGGCCGAAUCAGCCCAACCUCACACCCCUCACCAUCGCUGUCGAGGAGCUCCACGCGACACCCCUCGACAUCCAUCUGCAGCGGGAACAUGCAGAUUGGGAGGGGCACUCAAGACGGAUCCGCCAGUUCAAGACCGUCAUCCGUGUGCUGCGGGGCGGGGCGGGGCGGCCCAGUCCAUCGCCCGCAUGCCCACCGCCACCGAGAGGCAGCGCCGUUAUCGCCAGUUGGUGGUGACCGAGUACGUGACCGAGUAUGCCACCGUGCUGACUGAGCUGUCCGAGGUCGUCAUGUCGGCCAUCAACGGCGCCCUCGCCCCCCAGCGCGACCACUCGAUGCUUCUCGCCCGUCUGCUGCCCCUCGCCCCCCACCACGACGGCGCCCACCCCCACCCCUCCCCAUCCAACAUGGCAUUCGGCCCACACGAGGCUGAGGCCAUCGCAUGGAAGAUCGGCGCCUUCCUGCACGAGCCCCCCGCUGCUGUGGCCGCCAUCGACCAGUACCUCAUCGGCGAGUCGCUGCUGAGGCGCCGCGUGGGUGCGGCCGUCGGCCACUUCGUCAAGUCGGCGGCCACACAGACGAGCAGCAACAGGGAGGUGGUGGGCGGGACGCGAUACCAGCAGCAGGGCGACAAGCGCGUCAAAGUGACCGUGCCGCCGCUGCAGUGCUUCGCCGUUCGUGGCAGUGGCGGGCAGGUGGUGCUGACGGGUGUGCGUGAGGUGGUGCACCGGGCCCGGCUGGACGAGGCGGCCAGCUGUGGUGUUACGGGGGUGGUUAAGGGCUUCAAUGAGCAUCUGGGCGAUCAGGACUGCCAGUUCGAGUGGGGCCAGCUGGGGCGUCUGUCGGGGAAUGGCCUGUUUAUGUCGCUGGGCAUCAACUGAGUGGGAGGGAGAGGGCAGUAAGGGGUGAAAUGGCUGUAUCUUUGACUCUUUCUUGCUGCAAUUCAAGGACGGUUCUGUUUGCGAGUUUUGAUGUGCUUCAUGCGAGCUGGCCGG